UGACGAGUGACGAGAGAGAGUGUUGUUAAUGAAUGAGAUACGCGAACGGGAAAGUUUUUUGUUUCGUACGUCAUUUGAAUAGAUUUUCAGUGAAAUUUUCAUAUGACAUGACUUUCUAGUGAUCAUAAUGGCCUCAACAUCGAGUUGUGACCCGAAAGUGUUGAUGGCAAAGGGGAAAAGGGCCACAGCUACUUACAUUCAUGCCGAUUGCUCCAACGAGAGAAAUCCGCAACACUUAAAUGAAGUUUUGGAUAAUUUGCUGAACCCCCAGAAGUCUAUUGAAGAAUGGGAAACAAUAGAUUGGUGCAAGUGGCUUAUGGCAGGGGGCAGAACCCCCGAUGAAUUUGCUAGCACAGUUCGAGCAUACGACAAUGCAACAACUUGUGGUCUGGUAUGGACGCCGAAUUUCGUGGCCUAUAGAUGUCGAACGUGUGGCAUAUCACCGUGUAUGUCACUUUGUACAGAAUGCUUCAAAAAAGGUAACCAUGCCCGACACGAUUUUAAUAUGUUUUUGAGCCAAGCUGGCGGUGCAUGCGAUUGUGGGGAUGCUUCUGUAAUGAAAGAAACUGGUUUUUGUGAACGACAUGGGCCGAACAAAAGAUCCACCAAAGGAAAAGCGCCCACAGAUCUGAUGUGUGUCGCAGAAGCCAUGAUGCCUAGAAUAAUAUUGCGUCUUAUACAACAUCUACGAGAAAACAGUCGGAUGGGUACAGCGGAUGCGUACAAAGGAGCCAUUCAGGAUGCCGAUGCCUUCAUAACCAUGUUGUCGGAUUUUAACAACAUGGGUGGGUUAAUGAGAAAAGUUAUCACGACAGCUCUUACUAAUCCACAGAAAUAUCGGGUAUUAAAUGAAAUUCCUGAAAACCCAUCCACCGAAUAUGAACAGUACCUGGUAGAGUCACGUCGACGAUAUGAAGAAGCUCUCGAAUCGUUGCCCAAUCCAGAACCCAUAGAGAACUUAGUACAUAAAACGUUUCUUGAGGAAUUAGUUUUCUGGACAGUUAAAUUUGAAUUUCCACAAAAGAUCGUGUGUUUGUUGUUAAAUAUGUUGCCGGAUUCCGAUUAUAAGGAAGCCUUAACAAGAGCAGUGGUUCUUCACUACAGUCGUAUAUCCAUAAUGUUAGAAAGAUCGGCCGAUCCUGACACGCUAAGCAAUAGAGUAGUUCACGUUAGCGUUCAGCUAUUUUCGAAUGAAAAUUUAGCUUUAAAGAUGACCGAACAGCUCAAUCUUCUGCACGUCAUGGUAGAAAGUCUCAAAUAUAUGAUGAGCAAAAUUUUGAUUAAGAGCAACUUGCAUAAUCAGAAAGAAAGCUGCCAUUACGUCGUCGAUUGUGCAAAACCAGUAAUGAAAGAUCAUUGCUAUUGGCCUCUGGUCUCCGAUUUAAAAAAUGUACUUUCCCAUCGACCUGUAGCACUUAAGUUUAUGUCUGAUGAUGAUCUGUUGGAGAGGUGGUUCGUUUUUCUCUCUAUGUUUCAAGUUAUGAACGUAAAUCAACGAGAGUUACACCAACACAUAGAAUUUGAACCAAAUACUUACUAUGCAGCGUUUAGUGCAGAAUUAGAAGCCAGCGCGUAUCCAAUGUGGGCCCUCAUUUCACAUUUGACAGAUGCUUCUACAGCUCAUUUAACAAAAAGAGUUUUGAACGCCUGUCUCAAUGAACUCAAAGAUUGGUUUCACGCAAUUGCAUACUUAAGCACUACAGUGAAUGAUAGUCUACAAGUCUCAUUUCAUCUUCCUCUUCAUCGAUAUUUGGCUGUAUUCCUGAGCCAAGCCGUUGCGAUACAAGGGGUAACAGUUAACGAAGUCUUAGGAUCGAGCGAUUUCUUCUUGGAUCUCUUAAUGAUGCAUCCUCUACGUAUACAGGUAGCGUUUUAUGAAAUUUUAAAUGGUUUAUGGUUGAGGAACGGGCUUCAAAUUAAAGGUCAAGCAAUGACGUAUAUCCAGUGUAAUUUUUGUAACUCCAUGGUUGAUGCCGAUCUCUACUUACUUCAGAUAUGUUGUACUAGGUUGCCCUCGGAAAAGUUUUUGAACAUUGUUAUAGAAAAAUUUCAUAUUAAAGAAUGGAUGAGUCUAGCUCCCUUUCAGGGAACUCAGAGCGCGUAUAUAGAAGGAGAGCAUGACACACCAAUGUUGGAAAGCUUCCUUACAUUUUAGCGACACUUAUAAGUGUCCGAACAAAUUUAGGUUUAUCAGAUACAUCACUUAACAGACUGGAAAUGGUAACAUUACUAUGUAUGGGGGACAAAACUCACUCCCAAUUGAUGGAAUUAAUGCCAGAAAGGUGCGGUAUGUCGGAAUCAAGAGAUUUUGAAUCAUUGCUAGCUGAAGUGGCGUUUUACCGAGCUCCUGCUCUAGAAGCAAGCGGUAAUAUGCAACAGGGAAUGUAUGUCCCCAAGCCGGAAAUCUGGGAGAAACAGUACGAUCCGAUCCACGUACUUCUUAGGGCUGUACAUAGAAGAGAUUUCCAAACCUCCAUGGAUCGAUACACAGAGUUUGCUAGACAUGCUAAUAAGCUAAAACCAGGUUGCAGUCUCUGGCCACCGUUUAGGACUCCAACCGAAGUAGCAGAAGCGUAUGAUGACCCCCCGCCAGAUUUUAAAAUCAAGAGUAUUCCAUGCUGCAGCUUUAAUUAUUUUAUUCAAAGCCGUUAGAGGUCAUGUUUCGGAGCAUGUGAUGGCUUUAGUUGUGUUUCUAUUAGAACAAGCAGUUUUGAUAGCAGCACAAGAAGACAAUAAAGAGGACUCAAAAAUGUGCUCAACAGCACCUCCUCAAUCUCAAGUCAGUGAUAUGGAUUUAGCUAGUUGGUUCACGGCCGAUUCCGUAUUUGAUAAUCUCAAAACUGUGAUAGGACAAGUAAUUAUACAUCCAGAACCAGAUUUUUCGCUUAUAACGUAUAGCUCAGAUAGUGAUCUGGAUUGGGAUAGUACAGAAAUAGAUGCUGCAGAUAUUGGGGACACAAUGUUAAUGCUUGACCAAGCUUCUUCAAAUAAUAAUUGGGAUGGCGAGGGACAAGAGCAAUCUGAAAGUCGUGAGGUCAUGGUAUUUAGACCUCAAGCAAUGGAAACUAUUUCACCCGUCGUUGAAACACCUCCGACGACACCUAGACUUAUGAUUGCAUUGCCUUCAACUACUCCUAUGGAAGUUGAUCGCAUAAUGAGUUUGGCGGUCCGGGAAACCACUCCUGCAGUAACGGAAGUCGGAACUCCGAGUCCGACAGAAACACCCGCAUUACCACCACCGGAUGCGAGACCAGUUAUACUCGCCGGCAACGAAGUUGGUAGAACUGUCAGAAAAACUACUAAAACUCCUGGCGCGUCUAGUUCUAGUAGUAGAACUGGUACAGAAUUGGUUCCUACGACUUCCCAAGGACACAGGAAGUCGCGAUCGAAUACACCUUUAAGGGUAACAAGCAAUUUCCCACCAGUAGUAAAAGUAAACGAAAGCUUAAUUUCCUUGUUGUUGAGGUUACAUUCUCAACUUAGCGGUGUACCUGAUAGUUAUAACCCGGAUGAUGAAGAAGGUUCUUCGUCUUCAGUUGACUCAACGGACAUUUCAGUCGGUGAUGGAAUAUUCUACAUUGCAAGGCUGUUAAAGAAAAUUUCAUCGUUAGAUGAAAACUGUAAAAAUUAUAUUCAGGAGGCUCGGUUGAAACUUUGGCCAUCCAAAGAAGAACGCGAAGAGGCAAAGAAACAAAGAGAGAACCGCGAAAGGGAGGAACGUCGAAGGCGUGCGAAAGAACGACAACAGAAAUUGAUGCAGGAAUUUGCCAACAAACAAAAGCAGUUCAUGGAAAAAGCUAUGGAAUGUGACGAUGCAGCUGAAGAAGAAGAGGAGGAGGAGGAGGAAGAAGUAGCGAAGCAGCAGGAGUAUGAUUGUGUCAUUUGUAAUCAAAGUUCUCCAAGUACUGAAGAACAACCGAUGGGUCUAGUAGUUUUAAUUCAGGCUACAAGUAUCAUAGGUCAUAUGCGAAGGCACGAUCAACCAGAAAGGUCAGUUCUACCAACCUGCGAAGAGGAACAGUCAUCGUUUUUCUACAAAGACGAUAGGGGCACUUCACUCGGAGCAGAGUAUGAUAGGAGAAUUGAUGAACUUGAUAGACAUUUUGAUCCACAAUCAUGGUUUCUUUCUGUAAAUCAAGGAUGGGAUGGUGGUGUACACGUUCAGACUUGUGGGCACCAUCUUCACCUGGACUGUUUAAAUUCGUAUUUAUCCUCGUUACGAACGCAGCAAAGACAACUUACUCUGUCCCCAGAAAAGGGAGAGUAUUUGUGUCCUUUGUGUAGACAAUUAGCUAACUCAUUUUUACCGCUGUCGUCGCAGUUAGGCGAUAAAACUCAAAUGGUGCGCUCAAGGCCAAAAGGAAACAUGUCUCACAUUUUAGAAGAACUUAAUAACCUUUUAAUAGAGAAUGAUAGAAAACCAAAUACAAUGAAAAUGGCGGAAGCUAUAGGGAAAGUUAUGGAAGAUAUGUCGAACAGUACCCAAUUAAAGGCUAGGUUUAAAUUUAAAAACGAGAAACCUAUAAUUCAUAAUCUGCAGAGUUUGCUUCUAUUUGUUACCUCGAUAGCGCGAACAAAUCUAGAAGUAGAAUUGAUUCAGAGAGGAGGAUCACUCGUUCAGUUUUCAAGCGGAUCCACUCUUCUACCGAAAAGAGAUUGUAUAGUUCCUCUACUUCACGUAUUAGCUGUCCAUGCGAGAGUUGCACGAGUUUUAGCUAUGUGGCCAGCUUGGAUGAGUUUCCAACAAUUGUGUGGAAUGCAAGCCAAAGUUCCAGUCACUUCUUUAGCACGUGUUGAAAGAGAAGUGCCUCUUUUACUUAGAGAUCCUAUAGCUUUAUUGUUGCAGUAUAUUUUACUGUUGCCUAUGCCUUUGGAUCAAACGUACUUUACCACGACUGUACAGAUGGUUUAUAAUUUAUUAUAUUAUCAAGUAGUGGCACAAGUGUCGUGUGGAUUAACGGGGCUCGAGAGAACUAAAGCCGCUACCGGAGCAAAUACCGAACAUGUUAAUAAUCUCACUGACGCAUUAGGACUUAUCAACGAAUGUCUAGGACAGACUGAUCUGUAUAUGGAAAACGAUGAUACCGAAAGUUGUAUUGAUAAAAAUAUAAUAAAAGUUAAUAUGGUUGGAUUAGAACUGCAGGUGCAAAAGUUAUGUCUGCCGUUCCUCCGCAUCGCCGCUCUCCUCAAACAUCACCUUUAUCAACAGCCCCUCCCAGAUAUUUUUGAAGCAAACAACGAAUUCGUCCGAUUAGUGUACUAUCUCGAACUUGUUACCGAAUCUAUGGAUUGGGGCUGGUUUAAUGCUUCCGUAGCUCUUACGUGGUCUAUGGAUAUGGGACUAGAAACGAAAACUCCGAGAGCUUGGUGUGAACAGUUGGGAGUAUUCGUUGGAAAAAGCCAACUGGCCGCCAAAGGAUUGUUAGCAGAACAACAUAUAUUGUGGUAUCCUCCUAGGUUAUUGCAAUUACCUAGGGAAUAUGAAAAAAUAUUUACGUAUUAUCACGAACGACCUUGCAGGCAAUGCCAAUCGGUAGCUCAAGAAACCAGCAUAUGUUUGUUGUGCGGUACGAUAGUAUGUCUCAAGCAAAACUGUUGCAAACAACAAAAUGUUUGCGAGGCCGUAGCACACGCAGCCGAAUGUGGAGCCGGUACUGGCAUCUUUCUAGUCGUUACUUCAACUUACAUUAUAGUUAUUAGGGGGCACCGUGCGUGCCUAUGGGGUUCCUUGUAUUUAGAUGAUUUCGAAGAGGAGGACAGAGAUUUGAAGCGGGGCAAACCGUUAUAUUUAAGUACAGCAAGAUACAAACUAUUAGAACAACAGUGGUUGGCGCAUCGAUUCGAUCAUACAGAAAAAACGUGGGUGCCGCAUCGAAACGCCCUCUAAACGCUUUUCAAUAUAAAACACCACUAGCACCUAGAUAUAUUAAAAAUUCAUCGCGCGUCUUAUGAUUUUUUAAAUAUGUUGUAUAUAUACUUUGUAGAAUGUUGAAUUUCCAGUGACUUUAUAUAAAAUUUUAAAGUUUGUUUGGAAUAAUUAAAAUGUCGUGUAAAAUAAAAUAAUUCUAUUACUUCAUAUGAUUUAUGAAUUAUUGUCAGAUUUGUGACAAUGAUGGGAUAAUGAGAAAAGGAAGUAAACAAAUAUUAUGCUUAUUAAUAAUUGAAUCAUAUAUGGUAUAUUAAAAACUUAAUUAUCUUGUAAGAGAAAUUGACUCUACUUUUUAUAUAAAUAAGCAAUUGCACAUAAAUCUUUCCACCCUUUAGGAGGUACCCAUUAGGAGCAAAGUCUGGAAAAUAGGAAACUUUUACAAUUAUAACCCAGUUUAUUUUUCCACCGAUUAACGCAGCAGUAUUUAAUAUACUGCUUGAUUAUGCGAAAAACUGUAUCUGCGCCAAGUUUACAAGUGUUUUACUGUAAAUGCAAGUUUAGGGACGGUCUUAUUAUGGACCACAUUACAAUCGGUGAGAUGCUCUUCGCUUGUAAAAAAAUAUAUAUGCAGUUCUACUCUAUUUCCAAGUAAUAGAAAGAAAAGAAAAUAAAAAGGAAAAUAAAAGGCAUAUCUGAGGAAGACGAAGACUACUCUAUUGCCAAAAUGCAGUUAUUUGCGCUGUUCCAUGAGAUGCUGCAACACAUAUUGACCCAGUUAUUUUUUUCCAAAUUGAAAUAAUUUUCAACUUUCAUAACUAAACUUUGUUCUUCUGGAGAUAAUAUUCUAUGUUUCGACUGAUUUUAUUUUCUUCCAAAUUAGUCAUUUUCCUUUAAAGUAUUGCGUUACUACACUACUAUAAAAAAAUAGGUACUUAUAUACAACUACUACAUCCUAAAAAGAACGAGGUUUGUACAACAGACGAAACAAUCGAACACAAAUUAUUUAAUAACCAAUGCUAAAUAAUCAUAAACACUGCAUUGAUUGUGAUUGCAAAACCUUUUCGCAUGAUUUGAAUAAGAUUUUGCUGAUUAUGUAUUUUGCUAAAUUAUUAAAUAACACCAAUACAACCCACGACCAUCAAUUAAUUUUUAACGAUAAACAGAAAUGUAAUAUGAUGACAAGUUUGAAUUUGAUCUACUUUGUCGUUAACAGAAACAGAUUUUUAAAUAAUUUUUCAAUGAUUAUGUGGAUUUAAGAAAUAUAUUACUAAACAAAUUUUUAAAGUGUGUAUAAAGGAGAUUACAAUUAUUAUGGCACAUGGUACUCCUUAUUUUUCUAAUAAUGUGUUCUUGUAAAGGCAUAACUUUGAUUAUUAGGUAAACCUACAUUAUACGAUACGUCAGAAAAAAAUUUUAAAAAAUAACAUGUAAUAAAUUCACUGUUUAAAUAAAUAUUCCGUACUUGUACUAUUGCGAUAAAAUAUUAAAACCAAUAAACGAUAACUGAUUGAGCAGUGCCACAGCCACCUUUACUUCCAAGCCAUGAAGUAAAAAAGGCAACACCGCAUUCUAUGACGUCGGUAGUCCGAUAAUCAGCUGUAAGGUCUACCUAAUUAAACGAAUUUGAAUUUUAGGAAACUGAUAUUUUGAAAACUUCAAUUCAUUACAGAAAUAUUUUUAGGGAAAUUAAAUGAGUAAAACCUUAUAUUUACCUAAUAAAUAUAUAUAAAGUUUUAUUAAAAUUUAGGUUAUAUUAUCAAUAAAAUAAUCACUAGAGUAAAAUUUAUUGCACUUAAUAUACAGUGUCAAACAGUUAAUCUUACAAACAAAUGCAGUCAAGAAUCUCUAGAAAUUUUAAAUAUUAAGUACUUAAGCAUAUAAAUAAUACAAUACAUUAAC